CUGGUUUUGGAUUGGUGACAACAUUUUGGAUCAGGCUUAUUUUAGGACAAACUCCUGAAUUCAUGUCCGAGUAGGCCUAAACGAUGCAUUUUUGACGACCAGUGAUGACAACCAAAUGGUUUGAAUUUGUUGUUCAAAAUAUAACUACAAAUGCCGUAUCGUAUUUACUGUCUUUUUAAAAAGAGGAAUAAUUGUUUUGGUCUCAAACUACGCCUGGGGUCCUAGAUAGUUUAUGCAGGCAGUACAUGGACAGGAACGUCAGCUAGCCAGGGAUAAACGAACUGUAAACAACUGUAGUAGAGCUAGCUACCUAGUUAGCAAUAGCUGCCAGUAUAACUAAAACUCUGAUACGCUUUAUGGGCGUUACUGUAUUUGAAAGUGAUGAUGAAUUGUGGUACAUUAUUCGUUUUCACUCAGACAGUGCUGUCCGUGUCUUGUAUCAGAUAAAACUAAAACAUAACUAAGGUUCGGAAUGGCAUCAGCUAGCAAGAAACCAUAGGUUCCGAGCAGCUAAGUUAGAUAGGGAAGCUUGUUACCACAGGUAGAUCGAUACCAGUGUAAUAACUAUUAUUUAUUAUGUUGCGUUGAAGUUGUCAAUUGGAUAUGCAACUUGGUGUCCUCCUGUAAUUCGGAAUCGGAUCAAUGUCAUUUCUAUAAAACGGUAAGGGGCUAUUUCUUGCCCUCGCUGUCACAAGAACAGGUUUUGUGCCAAGCUAACAGUACCGAGCUAGCUGGAGUCUGGUAACACUAGCAUUGUCAACGUUAGCAAGCUUGCUAUAGUGGCUAGGUUCGUCUGGUUAAGUAAAUUCUAUGUAGAGGACGAUUUCUAAUUAACGCCUAGUUCCUGUAGCAGUUGUUUUCAUAACAAUACCUAGUAUACCUGCGCAUGACUGUGAUCGCAUUAAUAGGUUAGCCAGGGGACUUUCUCGGGUACUCAACGAACGUCAUUUAUAGCGAAGCUAAAUUGACUUGGAAGCUAUUUGUAUGUUGUGCGAAUGGAGGACAAUCCAGAAUGCUAUGUGAUUGCAUAAAGCACUCUUAGCUGUCAAAGGGAAAUGCCAUCAGUUUGAAGCAGUGACACGUUUCUGUUUUUGUCUUAUCUUCGUUUAGUCCACACUAGUGGCAUCUUUUUUGUUAACCUUUAGUACUAGGACGGCACACAGCUCGAUAUAAUGGUGAAGUAGGGUGAAAGACAAUAACGAUGCCACGCAUCAAUACUGACCCUAGUAUGGACCGCAGCUUCUUUACUCUCUCUACAGCAGUGCACCGGUGAAUAAGCAAAAUUCAGAUGUUUGAUUUAAGCACUCCAAAAUGGGUGACAUGAAAACCCCAGACUUCGAUGACCUCUUGGCGGCCUUUGACAUCCCUGAUGCCACGGGCCUGGAUGCCAAAGAGGCUAUCCCAGAGGGCCACGAUGAUGCGGAGAGUCACCUCAAGCACACAGGCAUGUGUAUGGACGACGGUGUCCCUCUGCCACACUCAGCAUGCGCAAGUGACAUACCAGCUGUCAGUGUCAUAGUGAAGAACACUAGCCGUCAGGAGUCUUACGAGUCUGCGCUGGAGAAGGAAAGCCCUCACUUUGGGAAUCUGCUACAGAAUGGCUUCAGGACGACGGCCGGAGAAGCCCUUGACACGCAUCACAUCGGCCACAGCAGCUUUGCUAAAAUCGACAGCCCCUCCACCAAUGGAGAGUUCUCCAAGGGCCUGCUGGACAAGGUCUCCGCUCAGUACAAGGCCGAAAGGCUGACCUCGUUUGCCAAGUCGUUGCCUCAGUUCAGUCCCAUAUCCAGUCCAGAACUGGAGGAAGUGCAAACCAACGGGGUGAUGGAGGCGGGUCCGAAGCAGGCUGACGGGGGCUUCUACCCGGCGGGCUCCUUUUUUGCACGUUCAGAUGGCCCCGUGCUUGACCAUCAGCCCCGGAAACAGCCCCACAGCCUGACCGACCGAGACCCCCUCAAUGAAACUGUGAAUGUUCUCAAGAAGACUGACGCCAAGCCUGAUGCUGUGGAAGAUGGCAAAUUUGACUACAGUACACAAGAUGUGCAGAAAUCGGGACCAGUUCGCAAUGUUGCAGAUCCAACCAUGCCUGAUAGGGAACAACAAAGCAGUAUCAGUGAAAAAAACAAGCACAGUGUUUCAUCAGAUACAAACACAACCUUAUCUCGCGUCAAAAGUGUCAAAGCGUCAACAACGUCCAAACUCUCAUCUUGCCUUGAGGCCCUGGAAGCCUUGAAUGCCAGAAAGGAUUCAAAUGAAGUGAGCAGUAGUAGUAGAGAAACAUCCACGCCUCUAAGUGAGACCAUGAAGGUCAGUCCGAAAGUGCCCAUCUCACCGAGGAGUCCUCGAAGUCCCCUUGAAGUAGUGAAGCAGCGUCUGGCCAAGCAGCCCGACAGUCCCAUGAGCAUCUGCAGCGAUAGUAGCGGGAAAGCCUCCCCUGCCCUGGCUGCCAGCUCUGGCUCUCCCGCCAUACCCAGAGUCCGAAUUAAGACCAUCAAGACCUCGUCUGGCCAGAUCAAACGAACCGUCACCAGUGUUGUACCCGACUCUGAGGCGGAGGACCUAAACUCGUCUGUGGAAUGGUCUCCCGCACCCUCCUCAAUAGAGGAAUCCUCGUCCAAGACCACGCCUGUGCACCGCUCGCCCGAUGUGCCUGUGUGUGACAUCAGUUUGGAGAACGAUAAGAGUUCUUCCCCAAAAGCCCCCCCACCAACAGCAGCAGCAGCAGCAUCAGUAGCAGCCGCCCGUCCAAUGAAAGUGAAGUCUGUGGGGCGAUCCAAGAAGCUUCACGGUGCUGGUGGUAACGCCAGGAGGGCUGCACAAGGACAGAAGCAGAAGAAGGGCUCUGCAGGGCAAGCUGGAUCUGCCUCCACCCCCACUACCACCACCACUGGCUUCCUCCCCAAGGCCUUACACCUGGCCAACCUAAACCUGGUCCCCCAUAGUGUUGCCGCCUCUGUCACGGCCCGCUCCUCCACCCACAGGCAGCAGCAGGGCCCGUCCCAGCAGCUGUCUUCUUCAGUGGUGUGCAGCGGGGUGCCUCUGGUCCACCAGGUCAAGAAGGUACCCACAAACUCCCGAACCGUGACCUCCAACACGGCAGCCAUGACAUUGAAUCGACUCCUCAACUACUCCAACCCCAUCCCCACGUACGUGCCCAACCUCAGCCCGCCGCCGGAGUGCAGCAUCGGCCUGCCGCCUCAGGGCUACAGCUGUGCCGAGUGCGGCGACUCCUUCAGCCUACAAAAGAGCCUCGCCGGACACUACGGGCGCAAGAGCGUCCACAUUGAGGUGACGUGCACGCACUGCAACAAGACGCUGGUGUUCUUCAACAAGUGCGCCCUGCUGGCCCACGCGAGGGGACACCGCAACCGAGGCAUCGUCAUGCAGUGCACACAGCUCUUCAUGAAGCCCCUGCCAGCAGAUCAGAUGUUCACGCCGUCUCCUGCUCCCACUACCCUUCCUCCGUCCACGAUAGAGAGCUCUCUACUACCCGCCGCCAGCUCUCAGUCCCCAGCUGCCGCGGCCUCCUCUCCUGCACAGCCCGCUAAGAGCCAGGCAGUCAUGCCCCUGUAUCAGGACAAGGUUGUCCGGCACGGACUGAAAUGCCUGGAGUGCGACAAGCAGAUGUCUGAUUACAAAGCGCUGGCGGGGCACUACCAGAGACUGGCAGAGGACAACGAGGGACUGAUGUGCAAGGUGUGCACAAUGCCCUUGCCCAACAAGUGCAGCUUCAAAGCCCACCAGCGCAUCCACACCCACAAGUCUCCCUACGUCUGCCCCGAAUGCGGAGCGCUGAGUCGCUCGGCCGACAUCCAGAAACACGUCAAAGAGAACUGCCUUCACUACUGUCGCAAGGCAGGAUACAAGUGUAUUCAUUGUGAGCUGCUCUAUGUAUCUUUUAAUGUCCUCAAGAAGCACAUUGAGGAGAAACACUGCAAUGUCUUCUACAAGUGUAGCAGCUGUCCAGUUGCCUUCAAGACCUACGAUGGCUGUGUGACCCACAUCAGAAGCAAACAUGCAGACAACACGCUAUCUCCACAGAUAAUAUACAAGUGCUGCUGUGAGACUGUUUUCAAGAAGAAACAGUUGUUGUUUCAGCACUUCAGUCAACGUGCCAAAAAGCUUACAACCUGUGUCUUCAAGUGCCCCGAAUGCACCGCGCUUUUUAUGCAGAAACAGUUGUUGGUGCAGCAUUUCAAGGAUACUCAUGGUGGAGUCUACAGAGGAGAGGCAGCAAGAAGCACAAAGGAGACAGAGACGAGUCUCCAGCAGCCAGAGGCCUCCACAACCACAGGAGGGGUGGUGGGGGUGCAGCCUCCUCGGAUACCCCAGCCCACUGACAGGACGGCCAGGAGAGACAGCCCUGCAGGGGGCUCCAGCAAGACCACCAGUGGCGGAGGUGGCAGUGGCAGCAGCUCUGCUGUUAGCAGGAAGAAGGCUGGCUGGACUUGUGGGGAGUGCCUGGUCUGGCUGCCGGACAGGGACACCUACGUCGCCCACAUGAAGACCAGCCACGGCAAGUCUGUGAAAAGGCAUCCGUGUCGAGAUUGUGACCGCUCCUUCAACUCUCCUCUCAGUCUGAGGCGACACAUCCGCAACGACCAUGACGGCAAGAAGAAAGUCUUCACAUGCUGGUAUUGCACAGAGGAGAAACCGACCUUCACCAAGCACUCCAUGCUGAAGAACCACAUCAGUCUGAUGCACGGAAUAAAGAACCCCGACUUCAGCCAGAUGGCCAAGGUGGCUCCCCCUGGGAUGAGCAGGCCACCAAGAGAGGCUGUAAAGAGAAGUGCUGCACAGAUGCAAGCGUCUGGCAGAAGGGUGGCUGAGGAUACCCCAGCAGACGACGGUGGGAGUGGUGGCGGCUCCUCCUCAGCCAAGCGCCCCAAGGCCCAGUUCCGCUGCUCCAAGUGUGGCUUUGCUGCAGACGACCAGGGCUCCUUCCUGGAGCACAUACCUCAACACAAGACGCAUCCCGACACCCCCCAGUGCCAGCACUGCGGCCUCUGCUUCACCUCCCCGCUUGCCCUCAGCCGACACCUCUUCAUCGUGCAUAAGGUCAAGGAGAAGGAGAAGGAGGAGGAGGAGGGGGAGGGGGACAACAAAAGGGAGGAAGAGGAGGUGAAGGAGAAAAAUGUGCGCAAUCACAAGCAGGAAUCACAAGUUAAGGAGGCGGAGGUGGAGGUGGAGGAUGGCACUGUAAGGGCGACACUAACGUCUCCAUCGGACGGCGAUGCACCCCCUGCCCCUGUGCUCCAGGAGCCUGCCCGAUUGCAGUGCAACACCUGCAGUGAGACUUUCACUGAGGACUCCUCCUACCGCCUCCACCUACGGAAUCAUGAAACAAACGGGGUGCUGUCGGCAGGCGCAGUCGACAAGGAAAGAUGAGGAUGAAGAUGAGAAUGGGAAUGAGGAUGAGGAAGAGAAUGAGAAAGGGCACCCCGUAGCUGCUGCAUCGCUGGUGUUUGUCCAUGGCGAAACCAUUAACUUAAAGAAACCUACGAAACCUACUCGCACGCAGAGUAUGCAGCUACAAUAUGUGGUACUUAAAACGUGUUGCCUUACAGCAAAUGCAGAUGUCUAGUUUACUCCUAAACAGUUUUGUCAGAACAGAAGGAUAAUUUAAGUUUUAAAGUUUUGUGCUGGAAGAUUUGCAGAUGAACUAAAAGGGCGUAUGGUGUGUGGAUGCAGUCAGUCCUGUGACUUUUGUCUUUUGUAUUUGGAGUCCCUAUAUGUACAGAAUAUUGAUGUGUAUAUGUAUACAUAUACAUAUUAUGUAUAUGUGUAUAUACAUAAUCCUAUAUCUAUGUUUCCUUAGUAUGUGUUGAUAAUCGUAAAUUAUUUUCUUGACAUUUACGUCUGUGAUCAAUGACUUGUAUUUUGAAAUAUAGCAGAACAAAUGUUUUUGGUACCCAAACCACGCAUAGUUGUCAUGGCAAAACAUUUUAUAUGAAAUUGUAUAUUGCAAGAAGCUAUUGGUUAGUCAUUGGGCACGUUUAGAGACAGUUGUCAGGGUCACCAAAGAUCUGUCUUCAGAGAACAGUUAGUACAGAAUUAGUUAUUUAGUCAGAUGUACACCUCGGGACAUAUCGCCAUAGUAACGAUGACUCGUGCAAUAGGUAGCGGUAUCGUGUACAGUAAUUGUUAAAUGCACAAUUAAUUAGUUACAGGUUUGUUAUAUUCAUGCUUGGGCUAUUUACAGUAAUGCAUCUUGCCCUUGAUAACUAUACAAAAUGAGAUCUAGCAGUAUUUGGGAAUGAUUAGUUCCCUAUCCUUAACCCAGGUAUUUGAUCUCAGAGAUUCUUUUUUUUCCUCUCUCAUGUGAGGAAAUGAGAAAAUGUUGCCUGUUCACUUUCAAAUGAGCCACUCUCACAAUCAGAAGUAGCACUUUUGCAGUUAAAGUACAGUAGCUUUAGUUCAGUUAUUUCCCCUUUGUUGUCCCAUUUACAUGUUGAUGUUAAUGUUGCCUGUGGGGAAAUACAUAGAAAUAUCAAUCUUUUUUCAUUGUUUUUAUUUUCUUUUAAAGUUACUGCAGUUUGUUGUCAUGCUCAAGUGGCCUCAUAGAUGGGGACAUCCCCAGUGUUUUGAUUUUUGUGCAAAUUAAGCAGUAUGGUUCAUUCAAACAUCUACCUUUUAAAAUUUUUGGUAAUUCUUGAGUUAUCAAUGAAGAGUCAUGUGUGGAGUUAAAGGCAAAACCUUUUGGUGUCUGUAUUUGUAUGCUGUGUUGAUAGAAAAUCUAUUAUGGAGAAUGCAUGUACUGUGUGUGCCUCUGCAGAAUAUGCGAGUUGAAUUGGUGGUCCUACCUCCCAGGUGUUCUGCAGUGGUCUGAAUAUGACUAUAAAUUGUUUUGAGCAUUUAGACUGUUCUAGGGUUGUAAAUGGAGUUAUUUUUAAGAAUGUUAUCUCCCGUAUUACUCAAUUUUAUAAAUUACUUUGGAGAUGUAUAUUUAUGGUCACAUUGACUUCACAUUGUAAUUUUGUUUUCUAUUUAAGUGUUUCCAUCCACCAACCAUUGCAAUGUAGUUGUCACCCCCCUUAGAACGUAGACCAACUUUCUACAGUACACAGUAGCUCCCUGAAAUCUUUAACGUGUCUGUUUUUAUACCGCCCAAGAACAUAAACUUUGUACUUUUUGAUAAUAUCCACAGAGUAAUAUCAAGGACUUCACUCUGAUUCAUGUACAGCUGUAAUGCAAUCUUUGAGGUCUGUCAUCGGAAGCUUUUCAUAAGCCAUCAUUAUACCUAUUUAACCCGCAUUGGUCGAUGAGCCUGGCUGGUAUGUUUACUUCAGAUUACUGCAAAUAAAACUCCUAUGUCUGUUA